ACAUAUACAAAAUUCAAAUAUGUAACGCAUUUUGUUGGGAAGUGCAGUCGAAAAAGAAUAGAUCCACGGGUAACAUGGGAAUGUCGUUACACGCGCAUGCGCGCAUACGCGCGUAUAUUCAUACAUGCCUUCCGUUCGCGACUAACCUUGCAAAAAAUAUACAUAUAUCUGUAUAUCUAGGAUCUAGAAAACGUUAACGCAGAUUUGGAAUCCGUUUUUAUUUAUGGUUCACGUGAGCGCUUAAUAUAAUUUUCUUGUGUUAAGUAAAAACGUGAUUGGCCUUUAUUCGACAGAAGCUUUGCGUGCACAUCGUAAGGAGAGAGAGAAAGAGAGGGAGAGAAAAAAAGAGUAUGAGAGUGUGGGUUGAUCACAGGUGAUGUAUUAAGAGUUAUUUAAAAUAAGUACAUACAUGCAAUUAUUUUAGAUUAUAUAGUUAUGUGAUUUAUAGUCACUCUCCGUGUGUGGGUGGUGUGUGUGUGAGGAACGCGUGCACGUACAUACGUAUUUGCAUGAGUACAUGAAAAUAUGUUAUUAUUUCUUGAUCUUAUUUUAUAUACUAUUAUAUCUUUUGCUUAGUUUACGUACAAUAUGAUUAAGAAAGUUGAAGAAUUUUAAUUCUUUAAUCAUAUAUAUAUAUAUGUUGUAUGUGGAGAAAAGUGUUACUCUAUUUUAUACUUAUAUCUAAACAGUUUUGCUAUGUACAUAUAUAUAUAUGUGUAGAGAUUCUUUAUCUUGUAAUAUAAAUUAAUAUAUAUUUGUAUAAGAUUUUUGCGGUACAAAUAUAAACUCUGUAAAACUAGUGAAGUUGUUUAUUUUUGGGUCACAAUUGUAUUACGUAUGUGUAUCGACAUGUUGAUAUAUUGUCCUUCAAAUCAAAGAUUUACAUUUUCCUUUCUGACAAUUUUAAUAAUAUCCUCAGAUUCUGUAUAAUAAAUAAUGAACAAUGAUCCUUCUUCGAUAUCACAAAAAUUACAAAACUAAUUUAUGUUGAGACUAAUAAUAAAAUUAUUAUAUGUGUGGAUAAUUUUAAGAGCACAAUAGAAUGCCACCAAGACGACUGGAAGAUGUAUCUGUGAAAAGAGUAGCAGCUGCAGGUUGCAAGUUACCAGAACCACUGCCAGCAGGAGAAAUCUUGACAGAUAUUACACAAAAUAAAUGGAUACUCGGAAAUCCUAUUGGAUAUGGUGGUUUUGGAGACAUAUAUUUAGCGUCUAAUGAUAUUACUUCACCAGUUAGGCAAGAUGCCAAAUAUGUCAUAAAAAUUGAACCUCACAAUAACGGGCCAUUAUUUGUCGAAAGAAACUUUUAUGUAAGAGUAGCAUGCAAACAUAUGAUCGAAAGUUGGUGUGUGUCUCAGGGAAAAAGAAGAAUUGGUGUUCCUAUAUAUCAAGGAUCAGGAUCUCAUGUUUAUAAAGGUCAACGAUAUAGAUUUCUUGUAAUACCACGAUAUGGUAUAGAUAUUGGAAAAUUUUUUCUGUCAAAUAGGAAAACAUUACCAACAAAACUUGUUAACUCAUUGGCUGUACAGAUGUUGGAUGCAUUAGAAUAUAUUCAUAGUCACGGAUAUGCUCAUGCGGAUGUUAAAGGGUCGAACAUCUUAUUGUCACAAGGAAAUGAGGUAGGAAAGGAAAAAUUCGAAGCAUAUUUAGUAGAUUAUGGACUGGCGUAUCGUUUUCGCACAAGAUCCGGUGAACACAAACCAUUUAUGCACGACGAGAGACGAGCUCAUGAAGGCACUUUAGAAUUUACCUCGCGGGACGGUCACCAUGGAACACAUUCAAGAAGAGGAGAUUUAGAAACUUUAGGAUAUAACAUUAUACAAUGGUUGUGUGGAAAAUUACCUUGGGAAAAGGAUAGUAAUGAAAUAAAUAUACCCAUAAAUCCAGAAGAGGUUCAUCAACAAAAAGAAUUCUUUUUAUCAAAUUUAUCCUUAUUUAUGGAAACAUGUUUUUCUCGCCAAAAAAGACCACCAGCUGCAAUUAUGAAAUAUAUGAAAUAUGUUACUGACUUGAAAUUUGAAUCAAAGCCCAAUUAUUCCUAUUUACGGAAUUUGUUUCUAUAUGGUGGUAAUCAUAAUGAUAAUAAUUCUAAAUAUUUUUGCGACAUAAAAGAGUCUAAUGAAAAUCUCACAAACUCUGUAUUUUUUGAACGUCCAUAUCUGAGAGAAAGAAAACCUUGUAGACCUGUAAAUGGCGAGAUACGAAUAACACGAAACACGCAGCCCAAAGAUCCAGAAAAAAACGACUUUAAUUGGGAAAAAGUGUUAGCAUUGCAUCCGGACAAACUUGCGAAAAUCAGUAUUCAGUCACCACUUUCACCUCUCACACCACCUCUCACACCACCUUCCUCACAAUCUCCACAAUCACCGUCUUUGCCGACUUACGCAAUGUUAAAUGUGCUAAGUAGAAUGAGGGAAAGACAAUCAAGUUCUUGUAAACAGAAAUCAACACAAAAAUCAUCAGAUAACGAGCUCAAACCAAAAUGGAUGACACCCGCGAUGGAAGAAAUCGCACGGUUAAGAAAAAUUAAUGAAUCUCUCAAUUCACCUCUGUCAACUUCUCAGAUUACUCCACGUCUAACACGUUCACGUAUGGCAAAGCUAAAACAAUUUGAGAAUCAGAGACAUCAUAAACGAAUUAGAACCGAGGACACGCUUGAUAACGUAAUAACACAUAAAAGAAGAAAAGAUUCCUCUUCCUAAACGAGACUGGUCUCACUUAGUAUUACAGAGAAACUGCGUCUGUUACAUUAUCGUCAACAUGCACUCAUUUCAGCAGGAAAUAUACAGUUAAGUAUUAUUCCAAUAAGGUCUCAUUCAUCAUUGUCAUUAUGCGCCCGCAUACUGCACUAAUUUAUUUAAGAUUUCUUCAUCACGUCGUAAUCUUUUUAUGAUACUAUUAAGAUUCGUUUAAAAAGGUAAUAUUUGUACAGUAAAUAUAUAUAUAUAUAUAAAAGAGUAGCGCGCCAAUAUUACCACAAGCGUAAAUAAAUACUAACCAUAAGUGAUUUCUUCUCAUGAAACUGCAGAGAUUCCAAUAGAAUCACUGAUGUUUAUAUAAAAACAGCGAUUAAGUGAGUGUCGCAAAGACUUGAUAUCUAUUGUAUGAUUGAAAAUCGCACAAAUAAGUUUUGCAGUCUGUUUAUUAAAAAUUAUCAUGUAUUCUAAUAUAUAAGUAACACAUACAUAUAUUGUAAUCAAAAUUUAAUAAGUUUAAUCAACAAGAGAGAAUUUUUCUAUUUUACUUAUACAUUAACUCAAUUGUUGAACUGUAUUAUUUGCAUUAACACUUAUCAAUUUUAAUAACUUUCUCGCAUAAUUUAAUUUAUUUGGCGUUGUAUUCACUAAUAUCAAAAAACUUCAUUACGCUAUGUUUAAUUUUUCAUGAUGUUUCGCAACUCCUGUUACAUCUCUUAACAGUAGAUUUCUAAGAUCAUUUUGAAGUGAAGAUGUUCUAAUACAUACCAUAAUGUCGAAACAGUAAUAAUCACUUAAUUUGGUCGCUCAAGUAAUAUAACACACACAGUGUUAAAGACGCAAACUUGACAAAAGUGUGAUAGUAAUUACGGACAUGCAUGCGCGCGCGCGUGUGUGCAUGCGUGCGUGUGUGUGUGCGUGUGCGUGUAUGUAUGUAUGAAUGUGUACAUGUAAUUUAUCUUCUAAAACUUAAUAUUCAUAAAUAUAAAAAUAUAUUUACAAAAAAACUAAAUAAAUAUAUAUUAAAAUAUUAAAUUAU